AUGGCAGAAAACGUAUCCACCCUUUUGAACGCUCUAAAGCACGACCAAGUCAUUCCAGAUGUUAUCCCCAAGUCAUUCGCUCCCUCCGUUCUCUUCUCCAUCGUCUAUCCUGGGGUAGAGACUGGCUUGGGCAAGGAAAUCCUCCGAAACCACACGCUCCCAGAGCCUACGAUCAAACUCUUGAGCGGUGCCGGAGAAGGAGCAGGGGACAAGUCGUUUACUUUGGUGUUGACUGAUCCCGACGCACCGUCUCGGGCGGACCCCAAGUUUGGAGAGUGGAGGCACUGGGUUGUCACUGGGGUUAAGUUGUCGGAGGCCAACGAAAAUGUGAAGCUCACGUCCGCCGCUGCUACUCCGUACGAGCCCCCUGCACCGCCGGCAGGUACGGGACUUCACCGUUACGUUUUCCUGCUUUUUGAGGAGCCCGUAUCGUUCUCCAUCCCGAAGGGUGCUAUCGAGCAUGUCGCAGCUUUGAAGGACCGCCGCUCGUGGAACGCCCAGGCGUUCGCUGAGAAGUAUGGUUUGAAGUUGGUUGGCGCUAACUUCUUUGUCACCCAGUCGCAGGUCUAG